CAAAGAGCUUUUGCUGAGCAGUUAAAAUGAUGUCAGUUGUGCAAGUUAGCAGCAGAGAAAUGUUAGCUGAAACUUGUAUAAUUAUGUUGCUCUUACAAAGAUGUUUCUCUGUUGAUUUGACUUACCAUGUUGAAGAAGAAAAGAACUCUGGUACUUACAUCGGAAAUAUUGCAGCAGAUUCCUUGCUUAUGGAUAGUGUUGCACUGCAAGACCACGGUCAAAUUACAUUCAAUCAACUACAACAGAGGCAAUCGGAAAGAGCUCAAUUGUUUAAUGUCUCAAAGACUGGAAAAUUAUACACCACUGAAAAAAUUGAUGCCGAGGUCCUGUGUACCUACAACACAGAAUGCUUCAGAAUAAUCAAAGUUGCUGUGCAUCGUGCUGAUUCCUUCAUGCAGAUUUUGAAGAUAAAAGUAUAUAUCGAAGAUGUUAAUGAUAAUUAUCCAGUGUUUCCAAAAGAAAGCAUCAGCAUAGAAUUUUCAGAAGAACACAGCAAAGGAGUGAAGAGGUCUUUGCCAAAUGCUAUCGAUCGAGACGUCAGCUUUCGUAAUUCCCAAGUUUCGUAUGUCUUGGAAAAGAACCUCAAUGAACCGUUCACACUUUCAGUGACUAAAAGAGGUUUUGGAACAUCAGAAUUAGGGAUUGUAUUAGAAGAGAGUCUCGAUCGAGAAAUAAAGGAUACUUACAUGUUACAAGUUAUAGCAAAAGAUGGUGGUGUUUCACCUAGACAAGGUGUUUUGAAGGUUCAAAUAUCAGUGAUAGAUGUAAAUGACAACCCUCCAGUGUUCUCUGAUAAGGUAUAUAACGUGUCAAUUAAAAACACACACAGAACAUCAGUACCAAUUAUUAUUUUAUCCGCAAAAGAUUUAGAUUAUGGUAAGAACAGUCAGGUUUCUUAUCAUUUCAGUUCCAAAACAUCAGAAGGUACUAAAAAGCAGUUCAGAUUAGAUGAAAACAGUGGUGAAGUUUUCUUGAGAGGAAAAGUUUCUUCAAAUCGUAUAUCGAGUUUGAAAUUAUAUAUAGAUGCAACAGAUGGUGGAAAUCCCCCAUUAAGCUCAAUUGCUUUGGUGUUGGUGAAUAUUGUCAGCCAACAGAAUAAUGCUCCCACCAUUGAAAUAAAUUUUGUUUCUCGUUUAAAGGAGAAUGUUGCUGCAAUAUCAGAAGGCAUAAAAGUGGGAAGUUUCAUUGCAUAUGUCAAUGUUAUUGACAAUGAUAUCGGACUGAACGGUGAAGUCGACUGUGAAAUAACACAUGAGAAAUUCCAAUUGUUAAACUUAGGAUCGAAUGAAUAUAAAAUAAUAAUGAAAAAACAAGUGGAUAGGGAAGUCAAAGAAUUUUACGAUAUUCAACUCAUAUGUCAAGAUAAAGGAUCUCCUUCGCUGAAAACGGUAAGAAAGUUUUCCAUCCAAGUGAUGGACGUGAAUGAUGUGCAGCCUCAGUUCACGAAAGAUACCUUUAAAUUUCUCACCUACGAAAAUGAAAAACCAAGCUUUCCAGUCGGUUUCAUUAAUGCUACUGACCCUGACUUGGGAGAUGGAGGUCGACUGACUUAUUAUUUGACAGGAAAUCGGAAAAAGAUCUUCCCAUUUGAAAUCACAAAUAAUGGAUUCAUUUCCACAAUUCAGUCGUUAGACCGUGAACAGCAAGAUAUUUAUGAAUUUAAGGUUUUUGUCAAAGACAAUGGUUCCCCUUCACUAAACAACACAGCAAAUGUUAUUGUUGAAGUAAUGGAUGAAAAUGAUAAUGCUCCAUAUUUUACAUUCCCCAGUGUUAAUCCAUUUAAUCUGGAUGUCCACUACCAUCCACAGAGUAAAAAUGACAUUACAGUUAUCAGAGCAUCUGAUAGAGACAGGCAUGUAAAUUCAUUUUUAAAAUAUGAAAUAGUUGGAGGUAAUAACAAACAUUUAUUUACAGUCAACCCUUAUGCUGGAGUGCUAUCUUUCUCUCGCACAGUUUACCAAAAUGAUGCCGGGUCAUACAACCUUCUGUUAGUUGUCAAAGACAGUGGCAGCCCAGUGCUGUCAGCAACAACCACUCUGUCUUUAACACUGACUGUAAGUAAUAAGACAGCAAAAAUACAGACUACAGUACAGUUACAGUCUGAAGAUAUGAUAGAUAUAAACUGGGUAAUUGUAAUUGCAGUAAUCGCAGUUUUACUGGCAGUAGCUGUUGCUGUUUUUGUGACUAUGUGCAUUGUAAAAUGCAACAAUAUAAAUUCACAUAACCAAAACAUCAAUCCUAAACUUCACAUAAAAAAAGAAAAAAGACUAUUAAUUUCAAGAGCCAGUACUCCAGGUACAAUAAGCAGUAAUCCUGGUACAAUAACAAGAACUCCAGAAGGGGAGAGGAGUAGAAAUAUUCAAGCUACAGAAGUGGGUAAUCAGCUUUACCCAGGAAGUGAAUUACAGAAUGAAUGGAGAUCAUCUUGUAUAGCCAGAGGACUUUUACCAUCUUCACAGUAUGGAUUUAAAAACCAGCAAUACAAUCAUCCAGCCAUUGUAUGUGAGCGUGCCUAACUCAAGUAUCAAACUGAGAAAAUACAACACAACACCUCUCCACUGCGGCCCUAGACACGGAUGUCUUUUUUAUAUUUUUUUUAUAUCCCUUUAUAAACCCAUGUGACAAAGCAUGUUUGCAUCCAAUGUUUAAAGCAGGAGAGAAAGAAAAAAAUUCUGGAGAAUCCAUCCUUGAAAUGUGACUGAAUUUAUGCUGAACUUCUACGAAUUUACAAUCUGUCUGUUGGUUUUUGAGUGUGGAAGUUUUUGAGUUGAAACUGGACUUUGGUUUGUUGGUAUCUAAAACCAUUCCAAUUUAAAGUGGAAAAAAAAAAACUGUGGGAUAAUAUGAAAUGUUCUACUGGAAGUAAGAAAAAGAAAGUGAGAAGAAAAGAGAAGAGAAAUGAUAAUGAUAAGAAAAAAUAGAGGUAAAAAAAAACUGGGAUAUAAUGGAGGUGAAAAGAAAGAACGGUUUAUUACAAAAUGGUGUCGUUUUGAUAUUUCUGUGAAGAUUUACGCUCUGGAUUGUUUCGAAGAAGAAGAAAGAAGAAGAAAUGGAAAAAUACAGAGAAAGAGCGAGAGAGAGAUAGAGAGAAAGAAAUAUAUUGAGAGAGAGAGAGAGAGAGAGAGAGAUGGAGAGAGAGAGAGAGAGAGAGCGAGAAUGUGAUUGAGAGAGAAUGGAUGAGAAAAUAAAUAGCCUAAAUGAGAGAAUGAGCGAUUAAGACAGACAAUGAUAAGAGAGAGAGAGAAAGAACAAGAGACAGAGAGAGACAAGACAGAAAGAAUAAGUGAUAAGAGAGAGAGAGAGAGAGAGAGAGAAGAGAGAAGUGAAACAAUAAUGUAUCGGUGUUGUAAUUUUGUAAAAUAAAUCUCUUAAACAGUG